AUGACCACACAAAUAACGCCGUCCAAGCAGGCGGCCUCUGACCUCGAGAGCCUCAAGGUCAAGGACUCACCCAUCAAGAAGCUCGACUUCACACCAGAGAACAAAGAAAACAUGCCGACCACCGAGUCGACGCCAGUCGCCACUGACGUGAUCGAGGUGAAAAAGCCCGAACUCGUCGAGUCACAACCAGAACCUGUGAAGGCCGCGCCCACAAUCAAAGAGCUCGAGGCAGAAGAGCCAUUGCUUCAGGAAAACCCCAACCGCUUCGUCCUCUUCCCCCUCAAGUACCAUGAGAUCUGGCAAAUGUACAAGAAAGCAGAAGCUAGCUUCUGGACCGCAGAAGAAGUCGACCUCUCCCAAGAUCUACAACACUGGCACCACCGCCUCAACGACGACGAGCGGUACUUCAUUUCACACGUGCUCGCCUUCUUCGCCGCGUCCGACGGCAUCGUCAACGAGAACCUCCUCGAGCGCUUCUCCGGCGAGGUCCAGGUCCCCGAAGCGCGUUGCUUCUACGGCUUCCAGAUCAUGAUGGAAAACAUCCACUCCGAAAUGUACUCGCUGCUCAUCGACACGUACAUCAGCGACCCCAAGCAACGAUCACACCUCUUCGACGCCAUCGACACCAUCCCCUGUAUCCGCAAGAAGGCCGACUGGGCACUCCGUUGGAUCUCCGACAAGCAAUCGACCUUCGCGCAGCGCCUCGUCGCAUUCGCCGCAGUCGAAGGCAUCUUCUUCUCCGGCUCCUUCGCGUCCAUCUUCUGGCUCAAGAAACGCGGUCUGAUGCCCGGCCUCACCUUCUCCAACGAGCUCAUCUCCCGCGACGAGGGCAUGCACACCGACUUCGCCUGCCUACUGCUCUCCCACCUCAAGCACCGCCCCUCAAAAGAAGCCAUCCAGGCCAUCAUCGUCGAGGCCGUCGCCAUCGAGCAGGAGUUCCUCACAGACGCCCUCCCCUGCGCCCUCUUGGGCAUGAACGCCAACCUGAUGAAGCAGUACAUCGAGUUCGUCGCCGAUCGCCUGCUCGUCGCUAUGGGCAACCCCAAGUACUUCAAGUCUCAGAACCCCUUUGACUUCAUGGAGAACAUCUCUCUCGCUGGCAAGACAAACUUCUUCGAGAAGCGUGUCGGUGACUACCAGAAGGCAGGUGUCAUGGCCGGGCAGAAGAAGAGUGCUGACAAGGCCGCUGCCGAUGCCGCUGUAGCUGGCGGUGCUGCCCCUGCGGCGGAGGAGAAGACGCCCGAGAACGGCGGCAAUUUCACUUUUGAUGACGAUUUCUGA